AUGGGGAUGGAAUACAUACAAAAUUGCUUCAACGAGGAAUCCACCUCCAUACCUUCAGUUCCUCCAGGUUUUGCUUCAAGUAAAUCUUUUACCUUGGAGAGAAUAGAUGACGACACUUCUGGAAGUUAUGUCGCCCCAGCCUCUGUUACUCUACAAACUAAGAUAAACGGCCAGCAGACCAGUGCUGGUGAAGAGAAAUUUUCAAAAUGCCUUCGACAGAGACCAUGUAUCAACUACAGUCAAUUCGACAAUAGUUCGGAUGAAGAAUCAGACUCUGAGCUUCCUGCGCAGGUUCAUCAUAUUUACAGCAUUUCGCCUGUGAUCAGAUUUUUAGGUCGAGAUUAUAUUAUGUAUUCUAUUUAGCCUUUGUUCGUCUGAAACAGUUAAGAAUACUUUUACUUAGCGCUCUUGUUGUAUAAGAUCAGGAUUUGUUUCUAUUCAUCUGAAGAGGCCUCUGUUUCUUCUUUUUCUGAUGAUGCAGGGAGCACCUUCUGUAUGUUGUUUACCCAAAGGAACUGUUCGUGGUUGCCCAGAAUGCAGCAAUUGCCAAAAGGUUCAGUUUUUAGAUGAUUCUCAGAGCUACCCCCCCCCCCCUUCCUUUCGAAAUUAAGUUGAUUUCGUGUAAUGUUAUAUCUUUUCUGACAGGUGACAGCAAGGUGGCGACCUGAAGAAGCUUGCAGACCUAUCAUUAAUGACGCUCCAAUAUUCUACCCUACUGAAGAGGUGCUUUUUGCUACCUAAGUUAGAUAUUGAAAUGCCUAUCAAAUUUUUGCACUGCUCGAAGGCUUUGACUUUCCAUUUCUGGCCAACUGCAGGAGUUUGAAGAUACUCUCAAGUAUAUUGCAAGUAUACGGCCAAAAGCAGAGUUUUAUGGAAUUUGCCUCAUAGUUCCACCCCCUUCGUGGAAUCCUCCCUGCCCUCUGAAGGAAAAGCAUGCCUGGGAAAACUGCAAAUUUUCUACUCGGGUCCAAAAAAUCGACAAGCUGCAGAAUCGAUAUUCUGCAAGAAAAUUGACCGUGAACAAUUACGCCAUGAAGAACAAAAGGAGAAGACUCAUGAAAACGGAGUCGGGGUUGGGGAAAGUAGAUGCACAUUCGAUGGAACUUAAUGGUCAUGUUGAGAGGUUUGGAUUUGAACCUGGUCCAGAGUUCACACUGAAAUCAUUUGAGAGUUAUGCAGAUGAAUUUAAGGAACAGUACUUCCGUAUUAAAGAAAGUGACAACUGGAGCGAACGGAAACCCUCAGUUGAAGUCAUAGAAGGGGAAUAUUGGCGGAUGGUCGAGAAACCAACUGAAGAGAUUGAGGUAUUAUUUGUGGACCUAGAUACCACUCGAUUAGUAACUUGUUCACUCCUAACCUAUUAAUUUGAAGGGGCGCGCUUUUUCAGGUGCUCUAUGGUGCUGAUAUAGAGACUGGAAGCUUUGGCAGUGGAUUUCCCAAGAUGUCAUCAGAUUCAACAAACUCUAGUGUAGAUGAUAAAUAUGUGAAAUCUGGAUGGAACUUGAACAACUUUCCUCGCCUGACUGGCUCUGUGCUCGCUUUUGAAGAUACUGACAUUUCUGGUGUUCUUGUGCCAUGGUUAUACGUAGGAAUGUGCUUUUCAUCGUUUUGCUGGGUAAGGUGUCCCAUCUAUUAUGCCAUCUUAAUAUAUGGACUCCACUGAUUAUAUCACAAAUGCAAUUUAUAUAAUGGUUCAUAUGUCUCUAACUCAGAUUUUUUUUUGCGCUAAAAUGUUUUUUGAAAUCCUGUGGUUUGCAUUUUGGCAUAUACCUACCUUUUCACCUGCAGAUUGUUUUACUUAUUAUUACUUGUUUGAUUUUUUAUUGCAGCAUGUUGAAGAUCAUCAUUUUUAUUCCUUGAAUUACAUGCAUUGGGGUGCGCCAAAGGUCUGGUAUGGAGUCCCUGGUGGUGAUGCCUUGAAGUUGGAGACUGCUAUGAAAAAACACCUACCGGACUUAUUUGAAGAACAGCCUGAUUUGCUUCAUAACCUUGUGAGUAAUUAUUUCUCCAACAACAGUUGACUUUGUAGAAAUUAUGUUUCAGGUGUUUUCAGAUAACAUUCCUAUAGCUCAGAAGAUCUUCUAUGUAGAAUUUCCUUUUUAUGAUGUAUGUGAUAUUUAAGUUUCCAUUAUUCUCAAUUUUCGGCAGGUCACACAAUUUUCUCCUUCUAUAUUGAAAGCAGAGGGUGUUCCAGUUUUUAGGUGUGUCCAGAACCGGGGACAGUUUGUUCUUACUUUUCCUCGAGCUUAUCAUUCAGGAUUCAAUUGCGGAUUUAACUGUGCAGAAGCUGUUAAUGUAGCUCCCAUCGACUGGUUGCCUCAUGGGCAGUUUGCAGUUGAGCUUUACCGUGGACAGAGGCGCAAGAUCUCUGUGUCCCAUGACAAGCUAUUGCUUGGAGCUGCUAGAGAAGCAGUCAGAGCGCAGUGGAACAUUCUGUUCCUUGGGAAGAAGUCACCAGAUAAUUUGCGAUGGAAGGAUGAAUGCGGAUCAAGUGGAAUUCUGGCCAACGUUCUUAAGGCACGCAUUGAUACAGAGCACACGAGAAGGGAAAAUCUCUGUUCCUCUUCUCAAUCAAGAAAAAUGGAUGCUAACUUUGAUGCUGAUACUGAAAGGGAAUGCAGCAUUUGCCACUAUGACCUUCACCUUUCUGCUGUAGGGUGCUCUUGCUCUUCAGAGAGAUUUGCAUGUCUUGAGCACGGAAAUGAAAUGUGCGCAUGCACAUGGAAUAUGAGAAUUUUCCUUUUCCGCUAUGAGAUUAGUGAAUUGAAUGUCCUAUUGGAUGCUGUUGGUGGAAAGUUGAGUGCAGUCCAUAGAUGGGCUCUUUCAGAUCUUGGACUGAGCCUUAGUUCUUACAUUCAGAAAGACAAAAUGCAAGAUUCAUACUCUAAAUCCAAGAAAAAGGAAGGAACAAAACCCAUGGAGCAGAGACCACUGAACCGAGAGAGUCUGACCAGUAGUAUGAAGGAUUCUUGUUCACCUCAAGAUACUCAGGUGCCAAUGUCGCAAACUACUUAUGGAAUUUCAAUUGUGAAAGAUGCGAAAAUAUCUGAUUUGAUAACUUCUACUCAUACAAUGAUUGAUCAAUCUGUUUCAAAUUCAACCAUACAAGGGUGCAAUGAAGGAAUUGGAAAAGAUGCAGUAGACACAUCGGAGAAAAGAGUAUGUGCAGCAGAUAGUCCUUCACCUGAUACAAAGUUACAGGAUCAACCAUUUCAGGCUACAGGGUGCCACAAAAAUUCAGAUGGUUUUCUGUCGGGGCAAACAAGUUGUUCACUUCCCCUGACUGAUUUGCCAUCCAACGAGCUGCAGCAGUACACUAGAGAACGGUACUCGAUUCCAUCUUCCGCCAGAGUUCAUAAAAGUAACCACCUAAGCAACUUGAACAAUAUGGACAGACCCUCAGUAGCUGGUGAUGUUAUACAAUUGAGUGAUGAUGAGGAUGAUGAAGCAUAUGAGCUCUCGCAUAAAACAAAGGCAGAACCAGUAGAAAACUCCCCAGACGUUUUUUACAGACCAAUGGAUUGUAAUAACAAGGUUACCCCCAGCAAUUGUGAGAGGGAUCAAGUUCUUGAAACACCUGAGACUGAUGCAUCUGUUAUGGAUGAUACAGAUAUUAAUCUAGUAACCAUUGUAAAAAAGGUUGACAAUAUGUCCAAUUCUCAUGUACGAGUCAAAGAUCAAGGAAAAGAUGAGAUAACUAUGUUACAUAGUUCUUUGUUAACAGAUCAAUCAUCAGCUACAGAAUUCUCCCAGGGCACUAUUAGCACUAAGAACUCUGCAAGCAAAAAUGUCGCCAACCAAAUUCAGGAAUAUUUGGCGUCCAAACAGGUUGGUGAUAGUGACAACUCAAUUGUCGGAACUAUGCUUCUACCUUCGCAGUUUCAUGUGAGCGUAAAUGCAAGCAGUGGAAAAAAUAAUAGAACUAUCGAUUCAUCCUUCAAAAUGGCUGUUAGAGGCCAGUCAGGUACCGUCAGUCAACCUGUACCACAGAUUGGUACAGAUAGAUAUAAUAGACAGGGUCCUCGUAUGGCAAAGGUAGUGAGAAGAAUUAACAGCGUUGUUGAGCCUUUGGCAUUAGGCGUUGUGCUUUCAGGGCAGUUCUGGUCGUGUGGGCAGGCAAUAUUUCCAAAAGGUAUGCACAAAGAAUUUUUCUAGUAGGUCUUUAAUUUUUGGAGUCUCCAGUUAAGAUACAUAUCCUGCCAGUUCAUUUGUACUACUUCUUACCGAUGUUUCAUUUCCAGGAUACAGAAGUAGAGUUAGGUACUUCAGCGUGCUGGAUCCUUCACAGAUGUGUUAUUAUGUCUCUGAAAUUCUGGAUGCUGGUCUACUCUGUCCAUUAUUCAUGGUGAUUAUUCUAUCUAUUCCGUUGUUUAAGAAUAUAUGAUGCUUGUCAUUUUUAGAAUGUUUGAAAUCAUUUGAUCUCCUUUAAAGUUGUGGCUUAGUAGUCUUUAUCACAGGUAAAUAUAAAGCUAAAAGUUGUCUUUAAUACGUGUUCACGUUUUUGCCCAACUUUCUCAGAGGAUGGAAUAAAUAUCAACAUCAUUAUCACACGGACGCAUAAGCUUAUUCAUCAAAAGCUUGAGGAUAUAUAUAAUUUUCUUUUUAUGAAUAUGUUUGAUUAUUUUAUGCAAUAUCUGCGCUUUCUUUUUCAUGGUAGAAGAUACUUUUCUUGAACUUCGUACAAACCUCUGCCUCUUUUCUUUUGCCAGGUUCAGGUAGAGCACUGUCCAAAUGAAGUAUUCAUUCAUCUCUCUGCGACCAGAUGCUGGGAUAUGGUGAGGGACAGGGUAAAUCAUGAAAUAAGAAAACAGCAUAGCUUGGGGAGAACAGGAGUUCCUGCUAUGCAGCCUCCAGGCUCUCUUGACGGUCUGGAAAUGUUUGGGCUAACUUCUCCGGCUAUAAUUAAGGUACAAUGUGAUUCGCUGGUUUUGGUUCUGAUUGAGCAUAUAUAUAUUACAACAGUUGCAAAGAUUAUGUCGAUUAGCAUCUUCCUCAAGUAAUCUUAUUAUUUCUGUAGGUUUUAUUGAAUUCAGGUGGCGAAUACAGUCGGUAACUAGCUAAUGUCUACUUAUUUUAAGCGUCUUUUUCCUGAGAGAUCUCCGUGGAUGUAAUUUAUGUAGACGUUUGGGUUUUAUUUGAUCUUUUGCCGCUGCUUGGACUUGGCCAGGUUUGUGAAGGCUUGUCGAUUGAUGCCAUAAUCUUUAUGAUUUUCUUUCUUAGACACUAUGUUUGCUUAGAAACUUUGAAAGAUCCUAACCUAGUUGAAGGGUUAGGUGACAUUUAGCGGAAGUAGAUGUCUUGGUGAUUGUCCUGGAGCUUGUAAAUCCUGUGUGUCCCAACAAGAGGGGAAUUCUCUCUGAUAUGAAGAUCACUAUGAACGUUUUGAACAUGUUGUGAAAUUAUGCUCCUUUUCUUUAGGUCUCAUGUCUUAUUGGAUGUCCAGACCCCAAGGUUCUUAAUGCUUACUUCCCCCAUUAAACUUCUCUAAAGAUGUCAACUUCUCUGCACCUUGAGAUGUGAAAUUACUCUCUGAUGGACAUCAUGUGAUCUUACUGCUCGUAGAAAACAUGGAAGGAUCUAUAUAUGAUGAUACUCGUCAAAAUAACGUAUCAACGAUAUUUAGAAAUCGGGCAAAGGUUCUCUCUGGUUUCUUAUUCAUCAGCAAAUUCCAACACUGCCGCUCAAGUAAUUAAACCAGCUUUACUUGAAACUUGUUUUAUACGGUCUGUAUAGGACUUCAUAUACGUUUACUACUUGAUGUAUGCAUUACUGACAGAGUCAAUCUAGAUAUAAAAAGCCUUGUUUUUCUCUUCAUAUGUUCAACCUUCUCGGAAUCUCAAGCCCACAUUGUUUUUUUUUUUUUUUCUGCCACGCUCAGUUAUAUAUAUAUAUAUAUAUAUGCCGUUUAGUUCUACUAGUGCUUGAACUGGGGCAAUCAUGAUUGAGAUUUCAACUGGUACAACUACCCUAGCUGCACCUUGUAUAAUCAUCACGCAAUGGCAAUCUCCCAGCUAACUCUGCUACUAUGACUCUGGUGACGGUGACCCUGCUCUCCUGCGAGGGCAAAUUGCUGACUGCGAUGCCGAGGCUUCGACAUUACAAAGACGACUUUUAAUUUUUUCUCUCGUGGGUUAUUUCAACAGGCCAUCGAAGCGAACGAUGUUGAUCACGUCUGUUCAGAAUACUGGAAAUCAAGACCUCGCAGUCUGGAUCCGCAGGUACCAGAAGGCCCGGCCGCUGAUUGGAGGCCUACUAACAUGGAAGCAGGGCAGCGAGCCACCGGCCCGGGGAUGCAGCAGCAAUUGGUUCCUGGCGCUGAUGCGAUUUUCCGCAGCCUCCUGAGGAAGUUAAACCCUGAAGAGCUGCAGUGUUUGGGCCAUGCCCUGGGCGACGACGGGCAGAGCUCCAAGGAAGAAGCUCUGAAACUUAUCAACAACGAGAUUGAGGGCCGCCCGAAGCCUUGA